GUGUCUGCAGCCAUGGAGGGGAACAGAUUUUAGUACUUGGAUCGGAAAGAAGUGAGGGAAAAAGACCAACCCCGCAUUUUAACCUCUCGCAAACAGAGAUAUAUUACCACACACGCCUGUACGACCGUUGAUCGAAAGAGGGAAAAGGGAGUUCCAUUUAUCACAGUUCUUCACUUUUUCUCAGGACAUGGAAGUUGUUUCGGAAUUCUCAAAUGACGUCUCAUUGAUUCUUUUACCAGGCAGCGGAGCUCAUAAGCUAGCAUAGCUGCGUUGCGUAGCUACUAGCUAGCCAGCUAGUCAUCAGAUACUACUGUUGGUAUCGACAUAGCUACAAUUUCUGAAGAAGCAUAAUUGGCAAGUGGUAGCGACUGACUAGAAGUUCUGUCUGAUUAUUUAAUAGAGUAUUUUGGACACUUUCUAAGACUCCGGGAUUUUCUAGACUGCUGGUUGUAGUUUUAUUUUUUGAAUUGUGCAACUUCUGAUUUUUGUCCAUGACUCUAGACAGCCUUAAACAUUCGGCGAUCCUUUCGAGUUUAUUUAAAAUGGCAGACGACAAUGAACUAAUAGGAGCAUCCGAGUUUAUUAAAGACCGACUUUAUUUUGCAACAUUAAGAAGCAAACCAAAAAGCACUGCAAACACGCACUAUUUCUGCACGGAUGACGAAUUUGUGUAUGAGAAUUUUUACGCCGAUUUCGGCCCCCUAAACUUGGCGAUGCUGUACAGAUACUGCUGUAAACUCAACAAAAAGCUCAAGUCCUUUACACUGACCCGAAAGAGGAUUGUUCACUACACCAGCUUUGAUCAACGAAAGAGGGCAAAUGCCGCUGUUUUAAUUGGUGCCUAUGCUGUCAUCUACUUAAAGAAGAGCCCAGAGGAGGCCUACAGAGCGCUCAUCUCCGGCUCCAACGCCUCGUACCUGCCCUUCCGGGACGCCUCGUUUGGAAACUGCACAUACAACCUAACAAUCCUUGACUGUCUGCAAGGCAUCCGGAAGGCCCUGCAACAUGGCUUCUUUGACUUUGAGUCCUUUGACGUGGAUGAGUACGAGCACUAUGAGCGUGUGGAAAAUGGCGACUUCAACUGGGUUGUUCCAGGGAAACUCCUGGCUUUCAGUGGGCCACACCCGAAAAGUAAAAUUGAAAAUGGCUACCCCCUCCACGCUCCGGAGGCCUACUUCCCUUACUUUCGCAAGCACAACGUGAUGACCGUGGUGCGCCUCAACAAGAAGAUCUACGACGCCAAGCGCUUCACCGACGCCGGCUUCGACCACUACGACCUGUUCUUCGUGGACGGCAGCACGCCCAGUGACAUCAUCACCCGCCGGUUCCUGCACAUCUGCGAGAGCACGGACGCCGCCCUCGCCGUCCACUGCAAGGCGGGGCUGGGGCGCACCGGCACGCUCAUCGGCUGCUACCUGAUGAAGCACUACCACUUCACCGCCGCUGAGACCAUCGCCUGGAUACGCAUCUGCAGGCCCGGCUCCGUCAUCGGCCCCCAGCAGCACUUCCUGGAGGAGAAGCAGGCCUCUCUGUGGAUGCAGGGGCACGUCCAGCGCUCCAAGCACAAGCUGAGGCAGGCGGAGGAGCGAGGCGUGUCCCACGUCAUCUCCGGCAUGGACGACCUGACCAUCAGCACCUCCAUCUUCAAGACCCAGAGCCUGGACCGCAUGGAGGAGAACGACUACGGGGAGAACGGAAUGUGUAUGACUCAGGGAGACAAACUGCGUGCCUUAAAGGGGCGGAGGCAGCCCCGCUCUGCCACCACUGGAGCUCUGAGGCUGGAGGACAUGAAGAUGCACACCAGGUCUCCAUCGCAGCCUUUCAGCAGGAUGAAUCCGGUGGUGAGUGGCCCCGGCUCCAUCUCCCCCCUCAAGUCCUCCAAAGUCCCCCCCUCCGCUUCCGCCACCGCCAAGAGGAUCGGCCACCCCCCCUCCUCCUCCGGCUCCAACCUCAAGAGCUUCUCCAUAAACUCCAGGUUAGCCAGCUCUUUAGGCAACCUGUACGCAGCGGACGAUGACGCCAAGGGCAAAGGCAAGCCGCUCGCCCCCUCCUUCCCAUCAUCCUCCUCUCCUCCCAACGCCCCGCCCCCGGCGCGGACGGGCUUCGGCCUCGGCUACGCUAACGGCAGCCCGCUGGCCCCGCCCGCCCGAAAUUACCACUAUGAGGUCAACAACAAUCAGUAUAGCCCUCCCUCCUCCAACGCUCCCGCCACCGCCAGCCCCGCCGUCCCCGGCACGUCCAACAAAAGCGUGGCCUUCAGCCACGGCGGCCCGGGGAGACUCGCCCCGGACGAGUUCGGCCACUACAGACCCCCGGGGUACUCGGGGCUAACCGCGCCCUCCACCCGCUACCUCAGCCGCUCCAUUCCCUCCCUUCAGUCUGAAUAUGUUCAAUACUAAAGGGACGUUUCUGCAGUGACGCGACCCGGCAGCAGGCCCGGAUGCUGUCCAAGCCUGCCCUGGAUGUGGCCCCCAGCUCCCCCUCCAAGCCCCUCAACCACCCCCGGGAGUCCAGCACGCACUGCUUCUCGCGUCAGCGAAAAAGGGAAACCAAUGAGCCUGGAGUUGCCGGGCGCGCACAGCCUUCCCGUACGGCCGGCGGGGUCGCCGCUGGCAACCCUCCACAGCUGAUGUCUCUACCUGCGGGCAAUCCGAUUGGACGGGGCACGGCAGCUCCAGGCCUCCGAGGGCUAUGGGAAGGACUGUGCUUUUUUUCAGCCUCGGGUGUUGAUGGGUAAAUGAUCGAUUGGGUUGGCUCUUGGGGAUAGGUGCAUUAGCGUUUAAUUUUUCAGCGUUUACGGCGCUGUUGGUUGAAAGGCCUGCUCCGCGUCGGGCGGCAUGCGUUGUGCGAACACUCCUUUUCACUGCGCUGCAACCCUCCCAUGUACUACUGUUAACCGUUAACUCCGCUGUCCUGCUUUGUAUAUUUCUUACGUUCUUUCUUAUGUAAGCACACACACUUGUACUGAAAAAGAGGAUAUUUUUAGACUUGGAUUUUAUACCGUCUACAUAACAUAUUUUAAGCUUGGGGAAUAACAAAUAUAUAUGUAAAUGUGUUUAUGUAUGAAUUGUAUUUCAGGGUUUUAAAAGACCGUUUUUAAAGUCUUUGUUUCUGAAGUGUGCUAUCUUGGACACAUAUCCUGUUUGGUGUAUAAAGAUUUUUAGGUUGCAGGGGGUGGUAACUGGUUGCUCCAGACCCUGUUUCUUGUCAGUCGUGAAUUUGGAAAGCCCGGCCUUUGACGACGAUGUGAAAAUGGGUUUUCUGAAAGUGUUUGGGGCUGCGUUAUGUUGUGAGAGGGAGUGCGAGUGCUGCCUGCCUUCACAGAGCAGAGCCUGCAGCCGCUCUCCCGGGGGAGCGGAGAGGAAGAACAUCCUCUUCCUCACUGUUAGAGGCCAAUAGUGGCUGUGUAGCAUACCAACACUGUACCAUUUUACCACCGUUUCUUUCCCUCUGCAUUCUCCUCCCACUGAGUUGAGCUGCCUCUCGCUCUGCCACAGAUGCCCUCUCUUUUUCAUAGGACAGCACUGCUGAUGUAGUCAGUGCAUUCCUCUCUCUAUGUGACCCGACUGUAUGGGACUAACAUGCACCCAGCUGGGCCAGGGUGGGACCUCUCUGGUCUGGCACAUGGGUUCUUCUACCUCCAGUCUGAAAAGGGAUCUCAGCCUGUGAGUGGGCAGAUGUACUCAUAAUUCCCUGGAACAAAUAGGACUAUUGAGAAUGCACAUCUAAAUGCAUAAGUAUUCAUGUUGGCUCUAUAUUUUUACUUUUCACUCCCCUACACGUGAUGAAACUAUUAAAAGCAAUAAGGGGGUGGGGGAAAUGAGGGUUUUGUCUGUGGGCUUCACAGGAAUGGGUGAUGAUUAGCACUGUUUUAGUUACAAUUCACAAGCUCCCUCUAGACUGCACUCCCCCUCUCUUUCUGUGGAACUAGCUCUGAACGCAAUUUGGCACUCAAAUCUUCACAAAAUGAUUGUAAUUGCAAUCUGUGAAAGGACUGCGUGGUUUUCUGCUGGAUUUAAAGCACAGCUUUUAUAGUUCUAUUCUGUGACAUGCUUUCAACAUAUUGCCUUGAUUAUGACCAGACAUUUUUGGCACACAAGACCAAUUAUGUUAGUGAGGGCUUUUUUAUCCCCCAUCUCUGAUUAAAUUAUGGAAAAUGCCUAAUGUCAAAACCUGUUUCGGUUCUAACUUGUUUGUCAUAAGAGUGCUUUGAGAAUGUAUAAAUAAAAUGAACUAUAUAUGGUUGGAUGUUAGGGUGUUCCUGGUGGCAUCAGUUAAUGUUAUCUCUCUCAGGAGGGAAUGUUUACAGUAGAGUUACAAUGGAAAUGGUUUUUGUGUAAUAUGCUCCAAAUUUCUUUUGAAGGUUAUGAUAUCAGUUAUCUCCGAUAACAGAAACUGAGUAACCUCCAUCAGGAAACAGGAACUGUACAGGGAUUUAUCUUCAUUUUAAGAACUUCUUUUAACUAAAACAUUAUGUACCUGAAUAUGUCAAAACCUUAGCCUUGUUUUCUUUUUGUUGAUGAACUUUUCAUGUGUCCCUUAGAGCAUGGGGACUGAGACUUGUUCAGUACUGUACUGGAUCAGUUUCCCUCGCCUUGUGGCACACUGUACAUUCCAACAAUGUAAUGCUUUUCUGUUUAUAAAGUGGGAGAAUCUAUUUGAUGCAAGCAUUCUACCUCCUCAAACAGAGAAUAUAGCUGUAUAAUACUAUUGCGUAUAUUUUUUCAAGCAGUGUGUAUAGAAAAUAUAACCACAUUACUGUAGAUCAGUAUUUUUCUCCAUAACAGCAUAUACAAUAUAUAUAAACGUAUAGUAAGAUACUAAUGUAUUUACUGUAUGUAUAUUUUAAAAUACAAUGUAAAGAAAAUUGCAAAGGAAAUAAUGAAAUAAAACACAUUUUAAAUAUUC